ACUCCAACAAAAAGGUAAAGUUCAAAAAAAAAAAAAAAAAAAAAAAGUACCCCAAAAUAAAAAAGGAAAAAGGAUAUAUUUAAAGAAUUUUUAGUUCCAAUUUUAUAGGAGAAGAAAUUGUGUACUCAUUUUACAGUUUAGUUGGUUUGCUUUGUAUUUUUUUAUUUUAUUUUUGGGAAAUGGCAAAUUCAGUGGAGAAAAAUGAAAUUGUGUCAAUUGAACUUCCAGCUCCUAAUGGUUGGAACAAAAAGUUUUUGCCUAAAAAGGGAGGUACUCCAAAGAAGAAUGAAAUCAUAUUUACUGCACCAACAGGGGAGGAGAUCACCACAAGAAAACAGUUGGAACAGUACCUGAAGUCGCACCCUGGCGGUCCGCCAGUAGCAGAGUUUGAUUGGGGAACUGGUGAAACUCCAAGAAGAUCCGCAAGAAUCACUGAAAAGGUAAAGGCAACUCAAUCUCCAGCAGGAAGUGAGCCUGCAAAGAAACGAAGCCGAAAGUCCUCAGCUUCAAAGAAGGAUUCCAAAGAAGUUACUGAAGAAAUUGACGCAGCAAAGGAUGAUGACAUCGAAGAAACUGAAAAGCACGAGAAGGAUACUGCAGCGAUGGAAGCUGAAAAGGAUGUCGAACAAAAACAAGAUGGAGAGAGUGAAGAGGAGAAGAAAGAGGAAGCUGAAGCUACUGAGAAGGAUGUACAGAAGAAAAAUGAAAGCGAAAAUGCCGAUGGCAAAGUAGAAGAUGCUCCUUCUGAAGAAGCUCAGGUUGAGAAAGAUGUUGAGAUGGCUGAUAACGUCGGACAUACGGAUGAUGUUGAAAAGGCCUCUGCUGAUAAAGCAGCUGACGGUCCUGUAGCUACUAAAAAUAACGACGAGGAAAUAGACAUAAACGUUCAAGAAGUAGAAAACAUACCUACUGAAGAAGCUCAAGUUGAGAAAGAUGUCAAAAUGGCUGAUAACGAUGUUGAAGCGGCCCCUACUGAUAAAGCAGCUGAUGGUUCUGAAGCUACUAAAAAUAACGAGGAGGAAAAGGUCGUACCGGUUCAAGUAGUAGAAAAGAUACCUACUGAAGAAACUCAUGUUGAGAAAGAUGUCAAAAUGGCUGAUAACAUCGGAAAUCCCAACGACGUUGAAGAUGCUCCUGCCGAUAAAGCAGCGGAGGAAAAGGAUGUACAGGUUCAAGGAGUAGAAAACAUACCUACUGAAGCUGAAAGAUUAGAUUCUAGCGUUGCUGAGGAAAAGAAGCAUCAAGGGGAAGGAGAACAGAAAGAUGAACAGAAAACUAGUGCUGCAGCAAAGAGUACUGAAGAUCAAGUUAAUUUGAAGAACAUUGAAAUAAGUAAGGUGGAGGGAGAAGUAACUGAGAACGGAAGCAAUGCUAAUGAGGCCAAGCCUUGAGCAGCCGCUGAGUUGGCUCUCUAAAUCUAACCUUUUGCUCUUUUUGUUUCAUUUGGAUGACUGUAGUGUUGUUAAUUAUACACUCUGAUUGUUCACGAGAAACUUCUGUAUGCAAAAUCAUAGAUUUAGGUCCUAAAUACUUGCUCUCGUAGGAUUUAUCGCCUACAGAGAUCUUUGUACCAUUAUUACUCUUUUGUCAUAGAAUUAGACCGUCAGCAGAGACACUAGUUAUGCUGAGGUGAUGUGUAGUUGUCCAGAUCUGCAGAGCUUGUUUAGAACUCUGUCAUGUAAGCUUAUAAAAAGCCUUUGUGUUUGGCUUAUACGAGUUACUGAAGUUUCCCCA